AUGGGACGGAGAUCUACAUCAUCCACCAAGAGUGGAAAAUUUAUGAACCCUACAGACCAAGCCCGAAAAGAAGCCCGGAAGAGAGAAUUAAAGAAGAACAAAAAACAGCGCAUGAUGGUACGAGCUGCAGUUUUAAAGAUGAAGGAUCCCAAACAGAUUAUCCGAGACAUGGAGAAAUUGGAUGAAAUGGAGUUUAACCCAGUGCAGCAACCACAGUUAAAUGAGAAGGUGCUGAAAGACAAGCGUAAAAAGCUGCGUGAAACCUUUGAACGUAUUCUACGACUCUAUGAAAAAGAGAAUCCGGAUAUUUACAAAGAAUUGAGAAAGCUAGAAGUAGAAUAUGAACAGAAGAGGGCUCAACUUAGCCAGUAUUUUGAUGCUGUCAAGAAUGCUCAGCACGUGGAAGUGGAGAGUAUUCCCUUGCCAGAUAUGCCGCAUGCUCCUUCCAACAUUCUGAUCCAGGACAUUCCACUUCCUGGUGCCCAGCCACCCUCCAUCCUUAAAAAGACCUCAGCCUAUGGACCUCCAACGCGGGCAGUUUCUAUACUUCCUCUUCUCGGUCAUGGUGUUCCACGUUUGCCCCCUGGCAGAAAACCUCCUGGUCCUCCCCCUGGCCCACCACCUCCUCAAGUCUUGCAAAUGUAUGGCCGUAAAGUGGGCUUUGCUCUAGAUCUUCCCCCUCGUAGGCGGGAUGAAGACAUGUUAUAUAGUCCGGAACUUGCUCAACGGGGUCAUGACGACGAUGUUUCCAGCACCAGUGAAGAUGAUGGGUAUCCUGAGGACAUGGAUCAAGAUAAGCAUGAUGACAGUACUGAUGACAGCGACACUGACAGAUCAGAUGGAGAAAGUGAAGGGGAUGAAUUUGUGCACCGUGAUGAUAACGAAAGAGACAACAAUGAAGAAAAAAAGUCAGGUCUGAGUGUAAGAUUUGCGGAUAUGCCUGGAAAAUCAAGGAAGAAAAAGAAGAGCAUGAAGGAGCUGACUCCUCUUCAAGCCAUGAUGCUUCGAAUGGCAGGUCAGGAAAUCCCAGAGGAGGGACGAGAAGUAGAAGAAUUUUCAGAGGAUGAUGAUGAAGAUGAUUCUGAUGAUUCUGAAGCGGAAAAGCAAUCACAGAAACAGCAUAAAGAGGAAUCUCUUUCUGAUGGCACAUCUGCUGCCUCUUCACAGCAGCAAGCUCCCCCACAGUCUGUUCCUCCUUCUCAGAUACAAGCACCUCCCAUGCCAGGACCACCUCCUCUUGGACCACCCCCUGCUCCACCUUUACGGCCACCUGGACCACCUACUGGCCUUCCUCCUGGACCACCUCCAGGAGCUCCUCCAUUCCUGAGACCACCUGGAAUGCCAGGGCUCCGAGGGCCUUUACCCCGACUUUUACCUCCAGGCCCACCCCCAGGCCGGCCCCCUGGUCCUCCCCCAGGUCCACCUCCAGGUCUGCCUCCUGGCCCUCCUCCUCGGGGACCCCCACCAAGGCUACCUCCCCCUGCGCCUCCAGGUAUCCCUCCACCCCGUCCCGGCAUGAUGCGCCCACCUUUGGUGCCUCCACUUGGACCUGCCCCACCUGGGCUUUUCCCACCAGCUCCCUUGCCGAACCCGGGGGUUCUAAGUGCUCCACCCAACUUGAUUCAGCGACCCAAGGCGGAUGAUACAAGCGCAGCCACCAUUGAGAAGAAAGCCACCGCAACCAUCAGUGCCAAGCCACAGAUCACCAAUCCCAAGGCAGAGAUUACUCGAUUCGUGCCCACUGCGUUGAGGGUACGUCGGGAGAAUAAAGGGGCCGCUGCUGCUCCCCAAAGAAAGUCAGAGGAUGAUUCUGCUGUGCCUCUUGCCAAAGCAGCCCCCAAAUCUGGUCCAUCUGUCCCGGUCUCCGUGCAGACUAAGGAUGAUGUUUAUGAAGCUUUCAUGAAAGAAAUGGAAGGGCUACUGUGA